AUGGAGGAGAAUGACCCCAAGCCCAGCGAGGCUGCGGCAGCAGCAGCGGCGGCGGAGGGGCCGAGGCAGCCGGAAUCUAGCCCCAGCGGCGGAUCCGGCGACGCGGACACUGGCCGCCGGCGGAAUCUGAUGCUGCCCGCGGUUCUGCAGGCGCCGGGCAACCACCAGCACCCGCAUCGCAUCACCAACUUCUUCAUCGACAACAUCCUGCGGCCCGAGUUCGGCCGGAGAAAGGACGCAGGGACCUGCUGUGUGGGCGCGGGAGGAGGAAGAGUUGGCAGCGGCGAAGGAGGCACAAGCGGUGAGGACGGAGGCGGUGGCUCGGGCGGUGCGGAUCAGCUCCUGGGGUCUGGCCGGGAGCCGCGGCAGAGCGCACCCUGUGCGCCGAGUGCGGGCGGACCGCUGGCCGGCGGCGGCGGCGACUCUCCAGGUGAAGGAGAAGGCGGCUCCAAGGCGCUCUCGCUGCACAGCGGCGCCAAGAAAGGCAGCGACCCUGGCGGCCCCCUGGACGGGGCGCUCAAGGCCCGCAGCUUGGGCAGCGGCGACCUGUCGUUGAGCUCGGAUUCGGACAGCUCGCAGGCCAGCGCCAACCUGGGCGCGCAGCCCAUGCUCUGGCCGGCCUGGGUCUACUGCACGCGCUACUCGGAUCGGCCUUCUUCAGGCCCCAGGUCCCGCAAACCAAAGAAGAAGAACCCCAACAAAGAGGACAAGCGGCCGCGCACGGCCUUCACCGCGGAGCAGCUGCAGAGGCUCAAGGCCGAGUUCCAGACCAACAGGUACCUGACGGAGCAGCGGCGCCAGAGCCUGGCGCAGGAGCUCUGCCUCAACGAGUCGCAGAUCAAGAUCUGGUUCCAGAACAAGCGCGCCAAGAUCAAGAAGGCCACGGGCAACAAGAACACGCUGGCAGUGCACCUCAUGGCGCAGGGCCUGUACAAUCACUCCACCGCCGCCAAGGAGGGCAAGUCGGACAGCGAGUAG